AUGGCUCCCUGGCUGGGUGUGGACGAGGCCCCUGCGGGGGACGGCCCGGCGGCGGGCGCGGAGGACUGGAUGGAGCGGCUGAGCGACCCAGAGUUCAUGGCGAAGUUCGAGGAGUUUGCAGACAAUCCAGAGGGCGACCCCGAGGUCAUGGAGUUUGUCCGGAAGGUGUACGAAGAUCCCGAGGUGCAGAUGUUGUCCGCGAGGCUGGACGGGGAGCAGGGCGAGACUGAGGCUUGGAAGCCAGCGGCGCCGAACAGAAUGUGGAAGUUUCAGAAGAGACCGCGGCGCGAGGAUAGAUUACCCUUGCUGCAGCCGAAGUGGAUGAAGCUGGCCGGCGUGGCCGAUGGAUCGAUGAGCCCGAGGGAUGAGCAGGGCGAGCCGAUCGAGCUGCGCACCAAAGCUCCCCCGAGGGAGAGCAUCUUCCGGACGCAGCCGUUCGCCAGGGGCUGCCGAAUGGGGAUCCGCGUCCCGACCGUGUGCAGCCCCAUGUGA